GUCUCCCCAUAUUUCCAUUGCCACUCAAAAUGCCACAAUGCCCUGGAUAUGUCCUCCGCACAUGAAAUCUUUAACUGUAUGCAUAUGCGAGUAUAAGUCUCGUGAUUGCACGUACCCUCUUGUCCUCAGUUCAACUCGACGAUGUUUAUUGUGCCGUACCUGAAUAAGAUCGCGGGAUGGCUGGCGCCGCCGCCCAAAAAGUCGGAAGAUGGGCGCGAUCAAUGGCCCUCGCGGGCGGCCUUUCUCCUGGCAGCCAUGGGUGGUUGCGCUGGACAGGGAAACUUGCUGCGGUACCCAUCGGUCGUCUAUAACAAUUACGGAGCGCAAUGGUUCAUCCCCUAUUUGUUAGCUGUAUUCCUCAUUGCCAUUCCUGCCCUCAUUUUAGAAAUCGCCAUCGGCCAGGCCUACCGCGGAGGCAGUGUGAUCGCUUUCAACAACAUCAAUCGACGGCUCAAGGGUGUGGGAUUAGGCCCAAUCCUGGUAAGCUUCAUUGUCACGCAGUACUUCACCGUGAAUCUCGCCUGGAUCAUGAACUAUUUCCGCAACUCCUUCCGCAGUCCUUUACCGUGGGAGGGCCGGAUUGAAGAAUUCUAUAUGGGCGAUGUCAUUCAUAAUGUCGACCCUGUGGAGGGCGUCUUGAGCCAAGGAAACAAAUCUGUGGUCGCGUUCACCAAAUAUCCCGGACUUGCAGUGCUUGGAGAGACAGUAGGCUGGAGCGCAUUUAUUUGGUUCCUGAUCUGGGUAUCCAUCUUCCGUGGUGUGGGUCUGACAGGGCGCGUGGUCUACUGGACCAUGGGUCUGCCGAUUGUCACCACCAUCAUUUUCGUCGGCCGUUCUCUGAGUCUGGAGAAUGCCGGCGAAGGAGUGCGCCUACUCUGGGCUACCUGGCGAAGUUCGCAGCUAGCCUCCGGGACGGUCUGGCAGACGGCAGUCGGACAAGUCUUCUUUUCCACCGGAAUCGGAUUUGGCUAUUUCACCUCCUACGCCUCGUAUAAUGCGAAACACUCUAACGCUGUGAUGGAUGCCAUUCUCAUAUGUGGUAGUAAUGUACUAUUCGAGAACUUCGCAGCGUUUGCCGUCUUCGGCGUGGUGGGCUACUUGCGACGAUGGCCCGAAGAGGGAGAGAGGCUGGGUGCCUUCGUCGUCGGCUUCCUGACGUUGCCUGAGGCGGUCCUUCAUAUGCCGGGGUCAAAUUUCUGGGCCAUCCUGCUUUUCUUCACUCUUGUGGUGCUCGGAUUUAGCUCAGCGUUUGUGAUGCUGGACGCGGUUACGACCCUCGCGGUCGAUUCGGGCCUCAAGUUCUCGCGUCCCACGAUCGUGACGACACUGACUUUGAUCUCCUUUCUCAUGUGUUUGCCAUACUGUACUGAGUUUGGAUUCUACCUUCUGGAUGGAAUCGACCGUUGGAUCAACAACAUCGCCUUGAUCUUCGUUGUAUGGUCCGAGCUGGUAGGGGCUACUACCACCUACCGUUGGCACGAUGUAACGGGGCAAACGGGGCUCCCAGCCUUUGUCGUCUAUAAUAUCGGCUAUUUUGGAGGACAGAUAGCCGGUGUUGCAGUGGCCCAUGGCGCUGAAAAUCCAUCAGCUGGAGCCGGUGCAGGCUUUGGCCUGUAUAUCCUCUGUUCCAUCGUCGCUGUAUGCAUUGCGAAAACCCCGGAGAUGCGAGCAGCUAGUUUCUGGAAUCGAAACGCCGUUCUCCGCCGAUUCUGGUACCUGGCGUUCUAUUCGGGCAACCAAUUACGACACGACCUUAAUCAUAUCGUCGGCGGCGGUAGCAACUGGAAUAUUCCAGUCUUCUGGCCGGUUCUACUGCGGUAUGUUAGCGCUCCAGUUCUGGCUAUCAUUUUUAGCUUUGCAUACCCGGAGUUUCACACGCUCCGGUACGAUCCGAUGAUGGUCGCCGGUUUUAUUCUGGCCCACUUGUGCUUGUUGGCCAUGCUACUGGGCCUUAUUCUGCCACGCUACUAUGAUUGUUUCGUUCCACUCAACCGCCGGCAUGAAGGUAUACAAGAAACUGCCCCAAAUCAGCCGCGGGGGCAGGACGGGCAAUCAGCCAUGACUUCCUUUCACCAUACCGGGAUUGAAGCGGUCUCGGCAGGUGCUUCCCUUGGAGGUAUAAACUCUUUAGAGCUCAAGAGAGAUACGAACCAUGUUGUGAAGAAGUUUUAAACAUCCUGUGUGAGAUAGCGGAUUUGAUUGGCUUGUGUGGGGUUUAAAUCAUCCAUAUAGAACUGUUGCCGAGGCAAGGACCAUCGUUGAUCCAGACGAAUAUGAU